AUGGAUAAGUCGUGGAUUACUAAGCCACAAUCUUCAAUCGCGUAUCAGCAGGGGAUACAAGAAUUUAUUGAUUUUGCAUUUAAAGGUUUAAAAGAAAACGACGUAGUAAUAUGUCCUUGUAAACGCUGCGGUUUUCGAAAAUCAAAGAGUAGGAGUGACAUGUUCGACCACUUAAUGUGGUCACCAUUUCCGCAAGGAUACACCAUGUGGAUUCAUCAUGGAGAGUCCUUUGUACUACCUAGUACUAUCUCCCCUAGUAUUACUCCAAAUAUGGUUGAAGAUACUAUCAUUGUCGAUGAUUAUAUUCAGAACAUGAUUAACGAUGCAUUUGGAGUUGAUAGGAGUCAUGCUAAUGAAAUACCAUCUGCGUCAAAUUUGGAGAUUGACCAAGAAGAUUAUGUGAUGCCAAGUGCAACUCAGGGAACGAACGAAUCCAAGGAGUACUAUGAAUUGGCUAGAGAAAGAGAACAACCUUUAUAUGAAGGGUGUAGACGAUAUUCAAGACUAUCUUUUUUGCUUAAGUUAUACCAUAUCAAGUGUUUAUGUGGAUUGAGUGAGAAGGCAAUGACAAUGAUUUUAGAGUUAAUAAAAGAUGCAUUUGAAUAUGCAAACAUUCCAAGUUCGUUAUAUGAAGCCAAGAAAUCAAUCACAAAACUUGGUUUGAACUAUUUAAAGAUACCCGCAUGUCCAAACGGUUGUAUGCUUUAUUGGGGAGAAGAUGAAGAGAGGGAGACUUGCAAAAACUGCAACACUUCAAAAUGGGAAAAAAAUGAAGAGAUGGCCGACGAUAUGAGAUGGCAUGCAACAGAUAUUAACAAUGAUGGAAUGUUGAGGCAUCCUAGAGAUUCAGAAGCAUGGAAGAAAUUUGACUUGACACAUACUUGGUUUUCAUCAGAUCCACGAAAUGUGCGUCUUCCAUUGGCUAGUGAUGGAUUUAAUCCUUUUGGUGUGAUGAGUACAAACAAUAGUAUUUGGCCAGUUGUUCUUAUUCCAUAUAACACUCCUCCAUGGGUUUGCAUGAAGCAGACAUCUUUUAUAAUGUCAAUGAUAAUUCUCGGUAAAGAAGCACCAGGAAAUAAUAUUGAUGUCUACUUACAACCCUUAGUCAAAGAGCUGAAAGAGUUAUGGACAAAUGGUGUGGAUACAUACGAUUCUUUUAAUAAAGAGAUGUUCAAGUUGCAUGCAAACUUGAUGUGGACAAUUAGUGACUUUCCAGGUUUGGGUUCACUUUCUGGGUGGAACACAUACACAGGACUCGCUUUCCCGUCGUGUAACUUUCAAACUACAUCUCUCUGUCCUAAAGCUAGCCGUAAAUAG